AUGGGAUGCCUUUGUAGCUUCAAGAUUAGGGAGAAACUUGAGUACAAUCAUCGAUUGCCUCGAAAAAGAUAUGCUGGUUUGGAGGAUCAAUUGGAGGAAACCAUGCCUGGGGUAGAAAUUGAUCGAUCUACCUUAUGGAAGAAAGCUAGACAGGACAAACAUGGUAACAUCCCGGAUCCAAAGGUGGUAGAGAAAGCAAAAUUAAUGGAUGAAUUGCAAAAACAAGUGGCUGAAGGCAGUCUUAGUGUAUCUGGCAGUAAUGAUGUGUUGACCUUGGCUUUGGGUCCCGAGCAUCCAGGGAGAGUAAGAGGGGUAGGUGCUGGGAUUUCCCCUAGGCAAUUCUUCAAUUUACCUAGACAACAGAGGGUAAAGUUUGCCGAUCAAUUGAAGGAAAGUGUAAGAAUUGUCCUUCAAGAAGAGACUAAGAAGAUGGAAGCUAGAUCAAGGGAAGAGACUUUAAGGAUGGAGGCUAGAACCAAGCAAUUGGUAGAGGCUGAGAGGGAACAUUUACUAAGUCAGCUUUCCCAACUCAUCCCCAAUUUUGAUCCAAGCAUGCUUAAACCGAAAACUAGCCCCUGUCAAAACCAAGGUGUAGAGCAAAGUCCCAAAAAUCCAAUGUCUGACAAAGCAAGCUGUUCUGGGGCUGAUGUGAGAUCCCUACAUUUAGAGGAUGAUACUGCCAAAAAUGGGGAACAACAGGAAGAAACGAUUUCGCGCAACAUAACAUUUCGCUCUCUCACUUCAUCUCUAAUUCAAAGUUGGGCUCUCCAAGCUGUGUCGAAUCCAAUUUGGCCAUAA